CGCUCGCGACGCCUCCGUUUUCUUCUUCUUCAAGCUGGGCUCCCCCCUAGGUUUUCUUCUUCUUCCCCUCGCUGCUGCUGCGCCUUCGUCUGCGCCUCCUCGCCCUACUGUUGCUGCUGCUGCCGCCUCAUCAGCGAACGCGCAUCGCAUUCUCUUCCCAGCGCAGGCUCCCUCCUCCAGCGCCUCUCCCCUUUUCAUCACCCUCGUGUACGCCCGCCUUAGUUUAUGAGCUCGAAGGAGAAACCGACCCUUGGUGGCACGCGGAUCAAAACCCGCAAGCGGAACAUAGCGGUUCCGUUGGACACUGGAACAUUUGCAGAUGCUGUGGUCCAAAUCUACAACGAACACAAGGGAGACUUGGAACUUAUCGCCAAGGAUGUGGACGCAUCAGAGCUCGAUUUCUCAAGAUAUGGAGAGACCUUCUUUGAGGUUGUCUUCACUGGAGGACGCAAUCAGCCGGGAACCACCAAACCGGAAGAAGGAGAACGCCACAUGUACUCUGUUCUGACGUGCAAUGACACUCGUGAGAGCAUUCUCCCGGUUGUGCUGUUCCUUCAAAAGAUUAUCAGGCGUCGGCCUUUCAUGAUCAAGGCUCUUGAGAAUGUGAUGAAGAGACUGCUGCAGUCCUUGGAGCUUUAUGGCCCCGAGGAUCGCAAAAAGUUGGCAAUUUUCACGGCUUUGACCUUCUCUCAGAAGCUAUCCGGGCUGCCCCCUGAAACAAUCUUCUCUGCGUUGAUGAGUGAUACUUUGGUCGCAAAGGGUAUUGUCCUGUACUUCGUGACUGAUGUGUUCAAGGUCUACUUAGUGGAGAACACUUUGGAUGAUCUGGUGAGUCUUUUGAAGCGUGCGAAGAUGGACGACCGGCUGCUGGACCUGUUUCCGAUGCAGAAGCGGUCUAUCGAAGGGUUCGCUGAGCAUUUCGACAAGGAAGGACUGAGUGUGCUAGUAGAAUACAACACGAAGAAGGUGUUCGAUGUUAAGCUGAAGGAGCUGCUGACCACUGUAACGGAUCAGAUUGCGGAGGAUGUGAACGUGGCUGAUGUGAUUGAGAUGGUGAAGCAGAGGCGGAAAGAAGCGACGUUGCCGGAUGUAGACGUAGUGCGCACAAUUUGGGACGCGACAAUGGACGCAGUGCAGUGGAGUGGGAAGAACCAGCAACAGAAUUCUAAUCUCGCUCUUCGCCAGGUGAAGCAAUGGGGCAAGCUUUUGGGUGCGUUCUGCACAACCGCGAAGUUGGAGACGGACCUCAUGUACAAGAUCCAGAUUCACUGUUACGAGGACGCCAAGUUGAUGAAGCUAUUUCCUGACAUUAUUCGAGCUCUCUAUGAACAGGAUGUUUUGGCUGAGGACACAAUUUUGAAGUGGUUCAAGAAAGGGACCAAUCCGAAGGGCAGGCAAACGUUCGUGAAAGGGUUGGAGCCAUUUGUGAAGUGGUUGGAGGAAGCCGAAGAAGAAGACUAGGUAUAUCUUACCCGCUCGGGUCUGUACCUGGCAAGUGGCUAGUAAGAGCCACUUUUCCUUAAGAAGCAAAGAGGAAGCUUAUUUCGCUUUCGCCUUGUUUCGUGCUAGUAUGGUAAUGUUGGGGCUUAUACGCUCCAUAAUGAUUUAGUCACAAGUAGAAUCCGACUUGUUAGUGUCUUAGUUCUUGAUGCUAGGACAUCGUGAGCUCAGGCAUUUUUUCUCAAGCAAUGGAUUUUGUUUCAAAAUUUUAUGCUAAAUAUUGUUGGGUAAGUGUAGCUUU